UGAAUUAUUUUCCGUCUUCAUCCCGAGCGGUCUGCUGAUGCCUCCAUUCACCCCAUUUAAUUCCGAAUUGUACUUUUUCCUUUCCAAAAUCUGACAGUGAAAUCGCCUGAGUUCAGAGUGUUGGAUAAUACCUGAAGUUUCAUCAUGGCGGGUGUUGUGAUUGAAAACCUCAGCACAAAGAAAUUAAUGGGAAUUGUUGUUCUCCUUCUGCUGCUGCAAAUCAUCUGUUUUCUUGUGGGUGGUCUUAUCGCACCCUCGCCCACUUCUGCCCACACCCACCUGGCUACAAAGUGCGUUGACCCCGCCAUCAGUCUUCAGAAGGCCUUUGUACCCCAUGGACCCGAUGCCUGCUCCAAGGUGUCCACAUUCGCCGAGGCAACGGAGAAGAACAUCGAGGCGGACUGGAUCGUCUUUUCCAUCCUGAUGCCCCACCGUCCGAACAGGAUGGACCGCAGUUUCCAGUACAUGCUGGGUGUGAUGUCUCUGGAUAUUGUUUAUAAGGAGGAUAAUGAAAUGGGUGACGAGCCUGAACUGACUCUCCUUGUUGAGAUGAUGUAUAAUAACAAUGACAAUGCUCAAGGUGAAUGGAAGAAGAUGUACAGUAUCAAUGAGACCAGGAAACUCAACUGUGAAUUCUAUCAUCAGAAAACUCCUGAAGCAGAAGGAUAUAGCUAUGACUGUGAGCCCAUCCCCCUCUUUGAGCUUGGUACAGUGCAUCACAAGUACUACCUCCUCAACAUCAGGUUACCCGUCUGGGAAGUCGACCCUGAUACUCAGGAAGUCGUCAGAGAACUCAACACCAAUCUUGGAGCAGUCCAGGAACUCUCAGUUGUUGAGAUUCAUCAGAAUGGUGGAUUCACACUGGUGUGGUUAACGUUGAAGACGGCCCUGUUCCCACUGGUUAUCCUAGCUAUGAUCUGGUUCUGGAAGAGGAUUGUUCAGCUGGCAAGGCCACCAGUCCUUCUUGAGAGAACAAUCUUAGCUCUGGCCAUCACAAUUAGUAUUCUAAAUUUACCUUUAGAGUGGCUAACAUUCUUCCAUGACAUGCCCUAUAUGUUAUUACUAAGUGACAUCAGACAAGGGGCCUGCUAUGCUAUGCUCUUUUCUUUUUGGAUCAUCUUUGUCGGAGAGCACAUGAUGGAUCAACAAGAGAGGAAUAGAUUGAAAGUUUACUGGAGACAAGUCGGUUCCAUGACUCUGGGCUGCAUGUGUCUCUUUGUUUUUGACGUUGUAGAAAGGGGUGUCCAAUUGACGAAUCCUUUCUACUCAUUGUGGAACACUGAGACGGGCAGACGUUUGGCUAUGAUCUUUGUGGUACUUGCCGGUAUCUGUGGCUUCCUAUAUACCAUCUUCCUUGUAUUCAUGGUCUGGGGUGUCUUCAAGAAUAUCAGCAUGAAACGAGCUGCCCUCCCACACAUGGUAGCUGCUAGGAGACUGCAUUAUGAGGGACUGAUCUACCGUUUCCGCUUCUUCAUGUUAUUCACCCUGGUCUGUGCCGUCAUGACGGCCAUCUUCUUCAUCUUCUCCCAAAUUAACGAGGGCAACUGGAAGUGGGGGGAGGACAAGCACAACAUCCAGUACAGUAGCGCUUUCUUCACAGGGGUGUACGGCAUGUGGAACAUCUAUGUUCUGGCAGUGCUCAUUCUCUAUGCUCCGUCGCACAAGAACAAACCUUCAACUUUCCAGAAUGGUAAGUGAUGUUCAUCUAUUUGUUUGAAA